GAGGGAGAAUAUCAAUGUGCCUGCGGAGACGGCUUCGAGCUGAACGCUGACGGACGGACCUGUUCACCCACAAAACGCUGCAACCCGCCCUGUGCCAACGGCGCUCGGUGUCUCCAGGGCCGUUGCCUCUGCCCACCUGGGUAUGAGGGUCCGCGCUGCGACAUCGAUAUUGACGAGUGCUCGCUGCCCGCUUCCGUGCAUGGAUGCUGCAACUUCCUGUGUAUUAAGUACCUGUAUCAGACGCAAUCUCUGAAGAUGGAUUCGAGCUGGAACCAGGUGAAGAAGGUUCAUGUCCCAGCGAUCGUGUCCAAGGCGUCUCAAUGGGUUUCGGCUAAUGAGUCGUUCUUCGGGCGCGAUUUAAAGGCAGCAGCCGCCUAA